AUGAAUAGAAAAUCAAUAUCAUUUAAACUUAUCAAUGCUCAUAAUACACACUAUAGAAAGUAUUCAUUUAAUGUAAAGAAGGAAAUUCCAAAGCCUAAAAGAGUUGUUGUUACAGGCUUGGGUGUUGUUUCUCCACUCGGAAAUUCUGUUGAAAAGAUGUGGAGUGAAUUAAAUUCUUUAAAGUGUGGUAUUAGAACAGUACCAAUCGAAAAUAUGACUGAGAAUGAACAAAAUAUUUGGAGUAAGAUUUCAAAUCGUAUUGGUGGAUUUAUCGAUCAAUCAGAGUUGGAUCAAUCAAUUGAAAAAUGUCUUGCAUUUACAGAAUCAACAAAUAGAGAUAAGAGUAUUACAAAAUCUAGAUUAUCAAAAUUUAUUCAAUUUGGUAUGGUUUCUGCUUAUCAAGCUAUUAUCGAUUCUGGAUUGGAUAUCAAGUCAAUUAAAGAUAGAAGUAGUAUUGGUGUUUCUGUGGGCUCUUCUCUUGGAGCUGCAGCUGAAAUUGGAGAAGCAUUUACAAUGGUUGAAAGCUUGAAACAUACAAAGGUUAGCCCAGUAUUUUAUCCACGUAUUUUGAACAAUAUGGCAGCUGGUUAUAUUGCUAUGCAACACGAUUUACAAGGUCCAAUGGUUAGUUGCUCAACUGCAUGUGCUACAGGAGCUCAUAGCAUUGGAGAGGCAUUCCAAUUUAUCAAAUAUGGUCAAGGUAAAAUUAUGCUUGCUGGAGGAUGUGAAAAUUCUUACUAUCCAAUAUUCUAUGUUGGAUUUGCAAGAGCAAGAGCAUUGUCUGGUAUUACAGAUCCACAAACAUCGAGUAGACCAUUUGAUAAAAGUAGAGAUGGUUUUGUAAUGUCAGAAGGAGCAGGUUGUUUGGUCUUGGAAGAAUUGGACCACGCCUUAGAGAGAGGAGCAAGAAUCUACGCAGAAAUUGUUGGGUAUGGAACAGCAGCUGAUGCUUAUCACCCUACUACACCUUCACCAGAUGGUAGAGCAGCCAUAACAGCUAUGAAGAAUGCUUUGAAUGAUUCAAUUGUAGAUAUUAAUUUGAAUGAUAUUGACCAUGUAAAUUGUCAUGCAACAAGCACCCCAGCAGGUGAUAAAGUAGAGUUGCAAGCUAUCCAAUCCCUGUUCGCAGAAAGUGGACAAACUGUAUAUGUGAAUAGCAUGAAAGGAUCUCUUGGACACAUGCUUGGAGCAGCAGGUGCAGUAGAAUCUGUGGGAACUGUUCUUUCAAUUUACAAUAACUCUAUUCCACCAACUCUUAAUUUUGAAACUCUGGAUGAUGAUUUGACAGGUAUAGAAAAAUCAAAUAUUCAAAUUGUUAAAGGUCAAUCAUGCAACACUAAUGUGAGAGCUGCCUUAUGUAAUUCGUUUGGAUUUGGCGGAACAAACUCGAGUUUACUUUUUGCUAAAUAUCAAUAA